GGUAAGUAGGAACCAGUACUAAUGGUACGGUAGAAGGUCUAAGUGCAUGCCCGCCGUGUCACCAUCCAGCUGUUGUCGAUCUUUUGAGAGAUGUUUUCUCGUUUCUCGGUCAUCGUUUUCGUCUUUCACCUUCCUCCUCUACCGAACGAUAGUAGUACUCGCCACCCAGCACCCAGCACGCAGCACCCAGCACGCAGCACCCAGCACCCAGCACGCAGCACCCAGCACGCAGCACACAUCAUAUUCAAGAUUUCAACAAACGCCAAGGUACCACAGGUUACUACUGUCCGAUCACCUAUCAUUGACCAUGCAGGUAAGAGCUAUCGUCUGACUUCUCGUCGUGAUUUUGCCAUUGCAGCGGACCGUCCAGGGAAUGGCCCAAAGAGAGAUGCCGAACUGCCACGGGCCCUCGAUCGGUGGAUAACCUCUGGGGUGUCACAAGCACGACGAAGUGCUUGCCUGCGAGCGUAGGCGUUUUUGGGCAAGGAUAUCCGCUUCGUCGUCGUCGUUCGGUAGAGAGUCACCCCGCAGUUCCUCUCCCACGAAAAAAAAAGAACACGCUCCUGGUUGGUUGAUUGGUUUGUUCCAUUUGAACGGUACAACACCUUUCUCGGCACGAAUCGCAGACAGCGCGACUCAACGCAUCGGUUCCGUGCCAUCCUUUGCAUUGCUUUCUUUGCAUUGCUUUCUUUGCAUUGCUUUCUUUGCCAUUCGCUUCGACAGAUUUUUGUAAAGACCCUGACUGGCAAGACCAUCACCCUGGACGUGGAACCGUCCGACACCAUCGACAACGUCAAAACCAAGAUCCAGGACAAGGAAGGAAUUCCUCCCGACCAGCAGCGUCUCAUCUUUGCCGGAAAGCAAUUGGAGGAUGGCCGCACCCUGAGCGACUACAACAUCCAGAAGGAAUCCACCCUUCACUUGGUGCUUCGCUUGCGGGGAGGGCACUGCCAGGUCCCCUGUGGGAUCUUUGACGACCCCGCCAUGGUGGAGCAACUGAAGGAACACGCGGCGACGAUCCGAAAAGCGAUGGUCCAGAGCAAGGACUUGCACUCGGCCGGGGAUUUGCAGUCGAUGAACCAGAUCGUCCGAUGGAUCAACACCAAGGAAGAGCACUGCUGCAAGAUCAUCACCACCAUCGGUGAAUACUGCUUGUGCCAGCGUGUCAAGAAGGACGUCUUUGACUGCGACGGAGACUACGUCGAUGCGCUCAAGGCUCACCAUGCCGUGAUGCAGGCCGCCAUGAAAGCCAAGCAGACGAUGGAUACCGCCGGAGCCGAUGCCCUGGACCACGCGCUCGUGGACUUUGCAAAGAUGUACACCAAGGAAUAAAUCAAAUUGGCCUUGUAUUCGAUCUGCGGCGGGUGGUCGACACAGAAUUCGUGAAUUCGAAGCGGAACGAAAAUCCACCGUUGCAUCCCGUGGUACAAUAUAGACUACGAUAUUUCUUUAUGUUCUAGAGUAGAUAUCUGUAGUGCAUUAUUACGGAGAAAAAAAAUCUAUUUUACAA